AUGAAGUUCUUCGCUGUCGCUGCCCUCUUCGCCACCGCCGCCAUGGCCGCUCCUGGUGCUCCUGCUCAUGCUCCUGGUGCUGUUGCCGGCAGCGGUAACGCCCCGACGGUGCUUCAGACCCAGCAGAUCCAGGAGAAGAAGAACCAAUUCGCAACCACAUGCAGCGCCAACCAACAUGAGACCGUCUGCUGCGACUCGGUGGACGCCUCGAAGACGCAGAGCUUGUCCGGCCAGAGCAGCGAUGCCCUCUUGGGCGGCCUCCUGGGCGGCCUCCUCAAGGACGGCCUCCUGAACGACCUCCUCGAGGACGGCCUUCUCAAUGACCUUAGUCUUGUUGGGGGCAACCGUGGCGCUUGCAAUGGUCUUAAUGUCCUCGGCGGAGAAUGCAAGACCAACAUCGGUUGCUGCCAGCAGAAUGCCGCGAGCAACAACGUCCAGGCCGCGGUCGGAACCACACCGGAGCGCGUUCCGUCUUCGGGUGCACUUCCUGUCGGCAGUCUCCCUUUCAUCCAUGACUGGUCGGUUCGGCGUGUUCAAUAUCCCACCAUUAUGAAUGAAUCGACUACUGGAAAACUCCCGGACCCUGGCAGACCUCCGGGCACUGGAAAAGACGCCGGCCGUCCGAACAAGCGGCGCAAAAUAGCCGUGGCUUGCGAUGAAUGUCGUGUUCGGAAGACCCGGUGCGAUGGCGCACAACCCGUGUGUGGGCCAUGUACGAAAAAAGCAGAUCCAGGUGUGCAGUGUGUUUACACUGGAAAGCAAAAGCUCGAUGUAAAAAACUAUAUUACUAGCUUGGAGAGUCGUCUCAAAGCUUUCGCACGGCCGCCUCGUACUCCGGCAAGUGUGGGACAUGAGAGCUCCGGACACAGUCAAGAGCCCACCUUCUCAUAUAGCCCAGUCUCGUCAUCUGGUGUUCCUGUAGCCACUCAGUUCACUUCAUCAUCUUCAGUUCCGGAUAAUUGUCACAGGUUAUCAAGUUGUAUCCCCGCGAAUACCAGUGCAGGCGACAACUCCCCGUCUGCCAGUGCUUAUCGAAGCCCUUCCGGACGAAAUGCUGGUUACGUAUCCGGGCUGGCUCAGACGCGUCAACGAGCGGACGGUGUGAAUGCAAUGAUGGGUGCGGUCGAAGAGGAGCGCCCGACGCAAGGCUUCUUUGGCAGCUCUAGUGCCGCCAGCUUCAUGCAUCAGAUAAAGAUGGCCGUGGACAGAAGGGUCACUUCACCCCACCGGCGAACAUCCGACACCAUUCUAGGAGUAUCCCAUGCUCCAGGGCUCAUGAGUACGGCAUCGGAAAGACAUUUUAAUAUUCAGAACUAUGUCUUGCCACCGAGAAAGACAGCCGACAGUCUAAUGGGAGUUUAUUGGUCUUUCGUCUUUCCCCUCUAUCCCCUUGUGGAUGGUAUCGGGCUGAGGGCUGAAUAUGAAAAGGUCUGGACGGGUGAACCACUCGAAAAUGACGAAUCGAUGCUCAUGUGUACAUUGAACGUCAUAUUUGCUCUAGCCUGCCAGCUGGCUGACUUCAUACCCCCGGAGGAGCGAGAGGCAUCCGCAGACGCAUUCUUUUCGCGCGCAAAGGAUCUUCUCCAGUUCAACCUUUGGGACACAGGAUCUGCUGCCCUCAUUCAAUGUUUACUUCUGAUGGCGCAGUACCUGCAAAGCACUGAUUCGGCCCACCAAUGUUGGAUUGUUACUGGUCUGGCGAUACGGAAUGCCCAGAGUUUAGGUCUACAUCUUCCGCAAACUAUUGCUCGGCUGCCGAGCCCACAGGAGCAGCAGCUAGCACGCAAAAUAUGGCACGGAUGUGUGCUAAUGGAUAGAGUCAUCUCCAUGACGUUUGGACGACCCGCAAUGAUAUCGAAAGCGUCCUGUGAAUCAGUGCCUUUGCCCGCCACGGUGGAUGAGGAGUAUAUUCCGACAGCUUCCGGCAUCGAAGCCACACAACCAGCUGACCAGCCAUCUGUGAUGGCAUUCUAUGCCAAGUCGCUUGAGUUGUAUGAAAUCAUGAACGAUAUCUUGUUGAGUUUAUACCAACCUGUCCCCGAGGAGAGUCCAGAGGACAUGUAUGACUUGUAUUUCAACAAGGAAACUAGUCAGGGUGAGCGAACGAUCUUCGAACUUGACCGAGCUCUAUCCAAGUGGAGCCAAAGUCUUCCAUCACAUUUACGGGGAAAUUCACCAGCGGGCUCUACGGACGUGGUCUUUUACCACCAGAGCGUGGUGCUUAGAGCGAGAUUCCUACAUGUCCGUAUGCUUCUGUUUCGUCCAAUAUUGUCCAGAUACUGCGCAGCUCGCGACAUCACGGUCCCUGAUUCUCUUGUGUCACCCAGCGACUCAUUUCCCCAACGAAUCGCCUGGCAGUGCUCAGCUAUAUGCGUCAAGGUGGCGCAAGAAGUAAUCGAACUGAUAUAUGGGAACAUUCCUGCAGAUGGGUCUUCGGGCCCUCUUCCCGCUUGGUGGUACAACAUUCUCUAUGUAUACACAGCCGCCACAGUCUUAAUAGCGGGCUACCUUUGUCCCACAGUCCUGGACGAAGUGACUGAAGGUGCAAUUACGAGGUCUUGGAAUUGUGCUUUGGAAAUUCUUCGGAAGUACCAGAGUUACAGCACAUCUGCACGUCGAUGCGUAGCGGCUCUAGAAAUUCUCUAUGAGAGGGUGGUGUCAGAACGACCCCUAUUCCAUGAACCAUCCUCCAGUGAUCAGCAACAGAGUACUGCGUCCAAUGCGGUCAAUGACAUGUCUCUUGGAGAGGGCAUUAAUGCUAUGUUCAUGGAAGGCUUUGAUUGGCCGGAUUUCCAAGACAUGUCCUGGUUGAACAGUGUGCCGAGUAGCUUACACUGA